UUCUUCCUCGCCACAGUUCCAGCAGGCACGCAAUUGUACCAUGGUACCUCACAGAAAGAAUCAAUCAAGGGCAUGGAAUGGCUUGCUUUCGAGCCUGAGCAUGCCUUGAUCUUUGCAAGACCAAGAGGAAGGGGGCCUCCGGGAAGAGGACCUCCGCCUGGAGAAGGAGAUGGAGACAGCGAUGGAGAGCGUAAGAUGGGGAGCCCUCCACCUCCGGCACUGCACCGAAAACGCGACCGCCAACAACCUCUCUUCAUCCCCAACUCAGAGGAGCCCUCCGAAGAGCCAACCCAACCCGGCUACCUCCACACUUACACGCCCCUCCAUCCCCUUACGCUCCUCUACAUAGACGGCAUGUCCGCCGGCAAAACCUCCAAUGGCACCCUCGACACACAAGACAUGCUCUUGCUCAACCUCUCUCUCCCCUCCCACUCCCCCAUGGGCGGCGAAUUCGAGCGAGCGCGCCGCCUGUGCAACCUGUCAUCCACGCUCUGGCAGCGCAAAAUCGACGGCGUGCUGCGCAUGGAAGGCGGUUUUGAAAUAAUCCUCUGUGAUUUCGAACGGGAUUUGGAGGUCAAAGACGUGAUGCCGGUGGUGAAUAGCGGACGCGGAGGAGGGGGAGGGAUGGGCAGGGGAAUGGGAGGAAUGAAGUAUUUGAAAGCGAUUACGGAUCGGUACCAUGGGAUUGGCGGGGGGAGAGUGGUGCUGAACUAUGAGAAGUUUGUUAGUGUGUUUGGAUAUACGGGCUUGGAGCUGUGGAAGAACGAUGUUGUGAGUGAUACGCCGCAGCCAAGGCUGCAACAUGUUUCUCCUACGCAGCUGCAGGAGAUCAAGAGUGCGGUUACUGAGAUGAUAUUGACUCGAGAGGAGAACGAUAAGGACGGAAGGAAUUGGCAACAAGUCGCUGAUAUGGCAGUGAAGCGGUACAGCGCGCCAUUGCACUAUCUAAACACAGACGAAGCCGUCCGCUCCAGCAAAGAGGACUUCGGGGAUUACCUCUUUAUGCUGCUACGCCCGUUCAUCGACUACACAUCUCGCAACACCACACUCGAAACAGCGCGCUGCGUCUCGCAGAUUGUUCCGCCUCUGCCACUUCCGCCUUCGUCUGCUCCCUCCCUCGCACAUACAGCCUUGCAUACCGUAACCCGCGAAGUAUGCUCCGCUCUCCUGUCCGCACUCGACAUUACAACCUUGUCGCUCUCGCGCUCGCUAGCAGCUACAAGUCCGCCACCGUCCCAUGCCCUCGACCUCAUCGACACGCUGGUAUCCUACCUCCAGUGGACGAGCUGGAAGGACUGUGGUCCUUGCGCGGAUGAUGAGGUGUGUCUUGUGCCAAUCUGGCCAAUGGGUACGCUGGAGGACCAUAGGAGUCCGCGAUGUACGCGUGAGGGAGAAGUCGGCUCAGGGUAUUGGGGA